AGAACCGCUGCCUAAUUGAGAGGAUGUAGAAUCAGUAAAAACCCCAUAUGUGUCCUUUUAUUAUUGGCUUAUUCCUUUUUGCCUUCUCUCUUCCGUUUCAUCAAUAUUUUUUCUUUUGGUCUGAAAAAUCUCUUGAUCAAUUGGUUGAUUACGCCGGUCGUGUUUGUUUUCCGUGGUGUGGGAAGGGAGGCAUCUUGUAGAUGGAACCGGGGCUGCUAUCAAGGAGAACGCCAUGAAAAUCGCCAUGUCGGAGAUUUUCCUCUUGAGGAAGAUCAAUCACCCCAACAUCAUUCGCUUCAUCGACAUGAACGAGUUUCGUCUUCUUUUGCUCUGUCUUUACAUGAUUGAGAUGUUGGUAGAUUACGCCGGUCGUGUUUGUCGUUGAACCUAAUGGAAACUCCGGUGAAGCUCCGGCGGUGGAAUCGUCGAGUGAUAUCUUCCAACGGUGUGUGACAGAGGAUUCUUCUAGUAAUGAACCAUAAUCUACUCUAAUAUAGUUAUUGAAUCUUUAUUCCGUGAAGCCGUUGAUAUGUGUAUUGGUUUAAGGUGGUUGGGAGAAGACCUGGAAAGCAGGAGCAACCCCAUGGGACUUGCUGGACCAACUCCGAUCAGUAAACAUCUCGCUGAGACGGGUUCAUUGCCUAAAGGCAGAGCUCUUGUUCCUGGUUGUAGAACCAAUGAAACAUUGCAGGUUUAUGAUGUGGUGGCAGUGGCCUGCCCUGAUCGUCAUGUGGUUGGAUUAUCAAAAACUGUGAUUGAAAAAUCAUCAAAGGUGUCAACAGUUCAUCUUUGCCCAAUUUUCUUUUGUGCAUUUGAAGCUAGCGUGAGACCUCCAUGGGCACAAAGAAUAGAAAAGCUUCUGAAACCAAGUGGAGAGCUUAUAACAUUGAUGUUUCCUAUGGAUGAGCGUUCUGGAGGUCCUCCUUACAAAGUAUUUGUGUCUGAUUACGAGAAGGUUCUGAUUCCACUGGGAUUUGAGGCAAUGUCCAUUGUGGACAAGGAACGUGCUAUAACACCACGCAAGGCUUUCAAAAAAAUUAAAGACUCUGAAACCGGCGAUCAAGAAACUGAGUAAAGAGAAAGUAGAAGAUAUAUAAAAAAAAAACAAAGGAGGCCUUCUCAAAGCUCUGUGAAUGCCAGACCAAGACGAUGGAAAAUCCUACCCAGCUUAAUAUGGAGGCAGAGUCUGUAGCUCUGAUCAGAUGGUCUUUCCUCUCGAGAUUGGAGAAGAAAGUUCUGAGUCAAAAAGCUAAGAUUCACUGGUUAGGAGUUGGAGAUGGUAACAAUAAAAACUUUCAUAAGGUUGCAACUAUCAGGGAGGUUCGAAAUUCCAUCAGAGAAAUUAAAAGAGCUGAUGGCUCAAUAGUAGAUAAUCAAGAAGAUAUUAAAAAGGAAGCUGUGGAGCAUUUCAACAACUUUCUAUCUCACACGCCCCCUGAUUACAAAGGUGUACGAUUGGAUGAGCUAAAAACUCUUUUGAAUUAUGAUUGUGCGCAGGAGGACAUGAACAUGCUAAUUGGUGAGGUUCCAAGGGAAGAGGUAAUGAGGGUUCUCUUUGGAAUGGCAGCAGACAAGUCUCCCGGCCCGGAUGGUUACACCAGUGAGUUCUUCAAAACUACUUGGGCACCGGUGGGGACUUUGUUACUGCAGUGAAGUCUUUCUUUGAUAAAGGGUUUCUCCCAAAAGGGAUUAACUCAACAAUAUUGACGCUCAUCCCCAAGAAAGAUGAAGCCAUUUCAAUGAAAGAUUACAGACCCAUCUCCUGCUGCAACGUGAUCUACAAGGUUAUUUCAAAAAUCUUGGCUAAUAGUUUGAAAAGGUUGCUUCCUUCAUUCAUAUCUUCGAACCAAUCGACAUUUGUCAAGGAUAGGCUGCUUAUGGAGAAUGUUUUAUUGGCAUAUGAGCUUGUUAAAAACUACCACAAGGACUCUGUCUCUGCAAGAUGUGCGGUUAAAAUAGAUAUCUCGAAGGCUUUUGACUUAGUACAGUGGUAUUUUAUGCUCUCUAUCCUUUCAGAAAUGAACCUACCAGAGAAAUUCAUCAUAUGAAUCGAGAAAUGCAUAGAUCUGGCAUUCUUCUCUGUUCAGAUUAAUGGAGAGUUAGCAGGAGACUUCGUAAAGGCUGCUCUCUCUCGCCAUAUCUAUUUGUGAUAUGUAUGCAAGUGUUGUCUAAGCUCCUAGAUAAAGCCGCAAAAGCUAAGAGUAUUGGAUACCAUCCACACUGUCAGGAACUAGCUCACUCACCUCUGUUUCGCUGAUGAUGUUCUAGUCUUCUCAGACGGGAAGCAAAGCUCUAUUGAAGGCAUCCUGAAAGUAUUUCGAAAUUAUGCGACAAUGUCUGAUCUGAAUAUCAGCCUAGAGAAGUCUACUCUCGACAUGGCGGGUAUUACUGAGGAUGAUAGCGUCGCAAUCCUGAUUUAGUUCCCAUUUGAAACAGGUUCUCUCCCGGUCAGAUAUCUAGGCCUUCCAUUGAUGUCAAAAAAGUCAGUAAAUGAUUAUGCUCCCCUGCUCUCGAGAAUAAGAUCGAAGAUCAGCUCCUGGACAGCUCGACACCUUUCCUUUGCUGGUAGACUGCAGCUGAUUGGCUCAGUGAUAUUUUGCCGGCCAGAUAUCUAGGCCUUCCAUUGAUGUCAAAAAAAGUCAGUAAAUGAUUAUGCUCCCCUGCUCUCGAGAAUAAGAUCGAAGAUCAGCUCCUGGACAGCUCAACACCUUUCUUUUGCUGGUAGACUGCAGCUUAUUGGCUCAGUGAUAUAUAGCUUGACAAACUUUCGGAUGUCAGCUUUCAGGCUUCCAAACUAGUGUAUUUAGGAAAUCAACAAAAUCUGUUCAGCCUUCCUCUGGCCAGGUCCUGUUCUAUCCACUUAAAAAACUAAGAUAGCUUGGUCAGAUUUCUGUGCGCCGAAGGAUGAAGGAGGGUUAGGGCUGAGAUCUCUGGAGGAAGCUAACAAAGUCUCCUGUUUAAAAUUGAUAUGGUGCAUUCUCUCUGCUAGGACUGCUCUGUGGGUUCAAUGGAUUCAAAAGUAUCUUAUCAGAAAAGAUUAUUUAUGAAGUGUGAAAGACACAAGCUCUUUAGGUUCUUGGAUGUGGAAGAAACUUCUAAAGUUUCGACCCUUAGCCUCGCAACUUACAAGAGUUGACAUCAGAAAUGGCCUAAUGACAUCAUUCUGGUAUGAUCAGUGGUCUUCCUUGGGUAAGCUACUUGAUCUAACAGGAGAAAGAGGUUGCAUUGAUCUUGGUAUCCCGAUAAACGCCACAUUGUAAAGGGCCGUGAAGGCUUAUCGUUGCCGAAGACACAUAACUUUUGUCUUGAUGCAAAUUGACCAGGAAAUUAUGGGACUACGGCGCCAUGACCUUGUCCACGAGGACGAUAUUUGUCUUUGGAAGAGGGAGAAUGGUGGUUUUCAUCAUGUUUUCUCCACUUCUCAAACAUGGCACCUCACUCAAUCUCAACCACCAAAGAUUCCAUGCCAUAAAGGAGUUUGGUUUCCUGAAGCUAUUUCUAAGUACUCGUUCAUUACACGGCUUGCAAUGCAUAACAGAUUGUCGACCGAAGACCGGAUCCUCAGGUGGAAUUCUCAAGUUGUUUCUACUUGCUGACUAUGUAACUCGGCUGAACAAACUAGAGACCACUUGUUCUUUGAAUGUUCCUAUUCUGCGGAAGUCUGGAGAGGAACCAUAAAAGACUUGCCCGAUCCUGGCUGUCCGAAUCAAUAGACUCCUCUGAUUUAAAAGCUGGUGACGGGGCUGCAUGGGAGAGAACCUUGAGCUUUUUGUUCAUAUACUGUUUUCAAGCAGUGGCCUAUGUUAUAUGGUUUGAAAUGAAUGCUCGUCGAGUUGGGGAGCCUUUAAAGCCCUCUAAUCUGAUGAUCCUCUAUCUGGAUAAGUUGGUUCAGAACAAAAUAUCAUCUUUGAGAAGAACAGUUGCGAGUAAGCACGAGAAGGCCAUGACAAUCUGGUUUGGGAGGAGAUGAACUUCGGUUUCUUUCAAAUUCCAUUCUAAAAUUCAAAAUAUUUAUCCUUUUUGUAGAUAAAAAAUAGCGUUAACUUGUACAAAGGUUU